CGUCCCCCUCCCGCUCUCCCGUUCCCGGCCCGGUCCCGGCGGCAUCGCACGAUGGGGCCGCCCCGGUCGUGCCUCGUGCUCGCGGCCGCGCUGCUGCCGCUGCUGCCGGCCGGGGCCGCACCGGGACCCUCCGAGCCCGGACCCGCGGUCACCGACGCCGAGAUCGAGGCGUUCCUGCGCGGCCUCCUCGGCACCGGAGACCGCGACGGGGAUGGGGAUGGGGACGGCGACGGCACCGACCUGGGCUUCGGCAUCGACCCGAGCAUCGGCACCGGCAGCGACACCGGCUCCCCGGGGCUGAUGGAGCCCGAGAAACCCAAGAAGGGAAAGAAGGAAAAAGCUCCAAAACCCACCAAGAAGCCCAAGGAGAGAGCGCGGGGCUCCAAGAAGGACAAGGACAGGGACAGGGGCCGGGAUAAGGACAGGGACAGGGACAGGGGCCGGGACAGGGACAAGCCCCCCAAGAAGCCCAAAGAGAAACCCCCAAAAGGCUCCGAGAAACCACCCAAAGGCUCCAAGAAGCCCAAGGAGAAGCCACCCAAAGCCACCAAAAAACCCUCUGGCAAGAAACCACCGGAGCCCCCAACACCUCUCCCGGAGCUCCGCAUCACCCCACAGCCCCCAUGGGGCGAGGAUGAGGAGGGGACACCCCAAUUCCCAAAGCAGGCUUUGCCCUACGAGGAGGAGGAGGAGGAUGGGGGUGGCAGAGGGGAGCCGGAGGAGACACCAGUGUGGGAACUGGGCCGGGAGGACUCACAUCCAGAGCCUGAGCCCCCCACGGAGCCGGAGCCCCCGACCCUGGACUACAACGAGCAGCUGGAGCGGGAGGACUAUGAGGACUUCGAGUUCAUUCGCCGCCGGCAGCAGAAGCCCCCCAAGCCCCCCCGCAGGAAGAGCCCCCCGAGGGUCUGGCCCCAGCCCGAGGAGCCACUGACACCGGUAGAGACCCCCCCAGCGCCCCCCCCAGCGCCCCCCCCAAUGCCCCCCCCUGCACCCGAAGGGGACUACGAUGAAGGCUUCUUGCCACCGGACUACGAUGACUUCUCCUAUGGGCUGCCCCCCCCACCGAAGCCCAGGAAAACCCUGGAUAAAGGGGAUGAGAUGGAGACGGACGAGGAGAAACUGAAACCCGGGAAGCCCAGGAAAGGAAGCAGCAGCAAGGAGGAGGAGGAGGACCCGUGGGCAGAGGAGAAGGGCCGGGACCGCAAAGGGAAACCCAAGAAGCCGGGUGGGAAGAAAUGGGAGCCGGAUGAGGAUGAAUGGGAGCCUCAGGAGGAGAAGACGAGCUGCCCCCCCAUCGGGCUGGAGUCCCACCGCAUCGAGGAUGAGCAGCUCCUGGCCUCAUCCAUGCUGCGCCAUGGGCUGGGUGCUCAGCGCGGGCGCCUCAACAUGCAGGCAGGCCCCAAUGAGGACGACUUCUUCGACGGGGCUUGGUGCGCCGAGGACGACAGCCGGGCGCACUGGCUCGAGGUGGACACGCGCCGCACCACCAAGUUCACCGGUGUCAUCACCCAGGGACGCGACUCCCAGAUCCACGAGGACUUUGUCACCAGUUUCUACGUGGGCUUCAGCAACGACAGCCAGAACUGGGUGAUGUACACCAAUGGCUACGAGGAGAUGAAGUUCUAUGGUAACGUGGACAAGGACACGCCGGUGCUGACCAAGUUCCCCGAGCCCAUGGUUGCCCGUUACAUCCGCAUCUACCCCCAGACGUGGAACGGGAGCCUCUGCCUGCGCCUCGAGGUCCUGGGCUGCCCCCUCUCCACCGUCAGCAGCUACUACAGCCAACAGAACGAGGUGACCUCCACCGACAACCUGGACUUCCGCCACCACUCCUACAAGGACAUGAGGCAGCUGAUGAAGGUGGUCAAUGAGGAGUGCCCCAGCAUCACCCGCAUCUACAACAUCGGCAAGAGCUCGCGUGGGCUGAAGAUCUACGCCAUGGAGAUCUCGGACAACCCCGGCGAGCAUGAGACUGGUGAGCCCGAGUUCAGGUACACAGCCGGGCUCCAUGGGAAUGAGGUGCUGGGCCGGGAGCUGCUGCUCCUGCUCAUGCAGUUCCUAUGCAAGGAGUUCCAGGAUGGCAACCCCCGGGUGCGGAGCCUGGUCACCGAAACCCGCAUCCACCUCGUGCCCUCCCUCAACCCCGAUGGCUACGAGCUGGCCCGCGAGGCGGGCUCUGAACUGGGCAACUGGGCUCUGGGCCACUGGACAGAGGAGGGCUACGACCUCUUUGAGAACUUCCCUGACCUGGCUUCAGCCCUGUGGGCAGCUGAGGACAGGAAGCUGGUACCUCACAAGUUCCCCAACCACCACAUCCCCAUCCCUGAGCACUACUUGGCUGAGGACGCCACGGUAGCGGUGGAGACGCGGGCUGUCAUGGCGUGGAUGGACAAGAACCCCUUCGUGCUGGGAGCCAACCUGCAGGGCGGGGAGAAGCUGGUGUCCUACCCCUUCGACACAGCCCGUCCCGUCAGCGAGACCCCAGCGGCCGCCCCACGCCCACCGGAUGAGUACGAGGACGAGACCCCGGAGCUGCAGGAGACCCCCGACCACGCCAUCUUCCGCUGGCUCGCCAUCUCCUACGCCUCGGCCCAUCUCACCAUGAGCGAGCCCUUCCGCGGCGGCUGCCACACACAGGACAUGACCAACGCCAUGGGCAUCGUGCAGGGCGCCAAGUGGCAUCCCCGGGCAGGCAGCAUGAAUGACUUCAGCUACCUGCACACCAACUGCCUGGAGCUCUCCAUCUACCUGGGCUGCGACAAGUUCCCCCAUGAGAGCGAGCUGCAGCAGGAGUGGGAGAACAACAAGGAGUCUCUGCUCACCUUCAUGGAGCAGGUCCAUCGGGGCAUCAAGGGCUUGGUGACGGACCAGCAGGGAGAACCCAUCGCCAACGCCACCAUCGUCGUGGGGGGCAUCAACCACAACAUCAGGACAGCCAGCGGUGGGGAUUACUGGCGCAUCCUGAACCCCGGUGAGUACCGCGUCUCGGCCCGCACCGAGGGCUACAACCCCAGCGUCAAGACCUGCAGCGUCCUCUACGACAUCGGGGCCACCCAAUGCAACUUCGUGCUGGCGCGCUCCAACUGGAAGCGCAUCCGGGAGAUCAUGGCCAUGAACGGGAACCGGCCCAUCCGCCGCAUCGUGCCAGGCCGCCCCAUGACGCCCCGCGAGCGCCUGCGCCUGCAGAUGCGCCUCCGGCACCGCAUGCGUCUGCGGCAGCAGAUGAGGCUCCGGAGGCUCAAUGCCACCACUGCUGCCAGCAGCCCCACGGCCCCGCUGCCCACCACGGCCAUGCACUCCUUCAGCAGCACAGCCUAUGUGCCCUGGAGCCAAGAGCCACCCACAGCCGGCACCUGGGAGAUGGAGACCGAAACAGAGGUGGUCACCGAGGUGGUGACCGAGACGGAGACCUGGGAGCUGGGCACAGGGACGGUGCAGCCCUUCACCACGGCCGAGACCUACACCGUGAACUUUGGUGACUAGGGGUGCCUGUCCCCUCGUUCCUGCC